CCGGAACAAACAAAAGGAACCAAAGCAAUACGAUGCAGCUGGUUUUUUAAGGAAUAUACAACUAGUGUAAAGCAGGAUUAUUCAAGGUACUGAUGAGCGACAUUUUUGCUCUUUUUUUUUACCGCAGCUUGGGCAAAAAAUGGAAAUGAAGAUGAUAGCAAAACACUAGCAAAAACAUCAAGAUUUUAUGUUUUUAUGUACAUUUGAAAGUAAUCAAUUUUAUUUUUAACACGACUCAAGCGAUUUUUUAAAAAAACAGUUUUGGGGUAAAAUGAAGGACUCCCUUCCCGCUUUGUCAAGCCGAAGGGUGAGGAGGAUCAGCGGGGCGGCUGGGCUGCUCUACCCGCUGCUCGGUGCCUGUCUCUGGGCUGCAGCGGUCGGGUACAAGCCGGUGAUCAUCGUGCACGGUUUAUUCGACAGCUCAGGGGAUUUUAAAGACUUACAGCGGUUCAUAAACGAGUCUCAUCCUGGCACAAAUGUUUCCGUCAUCGACUUGUUUGACAGAAGUGCCAGCCUGCAGCCCAUGUGGAAACAGGUGGAGGGAUUCAAGGAAGCUAUUCACCCAAUAAUGCAAAAUGCAGAAGAUGGGGUCCAUUUUAUCUGCUACUCUCAAGGUGGACUUAUUUGCAGAGGGAUCCUCUCGACUCUCAACGACCACAACGUCCAGUCUUUCAUCUCUCUGUCCUCGCCGCAGGCCGGGCAGUAUGGAGACACCGACUACUUGAGGUACCUCUUCCCACAGUUUGUGAAGUCCAACCUCUUCCACCUCUGCUACACAUCGGUAGGUCAGAGGAUCUCCAUCUGCAACUACUGGAACGACCCCCACCACAGAGACAUGUAUGUGAACAGCAGUGAUUAUUUGGCUCUGCUCAACAGCGAGCGAUCAAAUCCAAAUUCAACAGAGUGGAAGAAGAACUUCCUGAAAAUAAAAAAGCUGGUGCUGGUUGGAGGACCGGACGAUGGAGUCAUCACUCCCUGGCAGUCGAGUCAGUUCGGAUUUUUUGACGACAACGACACGGUCGUUGAGAUGCAGCACCAGGAUGUGUAUUUAAGGGAUGUUUUUGGCCUGAAGACGCUUGGGGCUCGUGGAGAUCUGAUCAUCUGUUCUGUUCCCGGCGUGGAACACGUGUAUUGGCACUCAAAUGAGACUGUGUUCCACCUGUGCAUGGAGAAGUGGCUGGUGUAGAACAAAACACUCACACACAGAUACACACAAACAGAGAUACACACCCUGCAGGUUAAGGAGCUCUUCAUUUCCACCAUGUGUGAAACUCUGCCUCUACUGUAAACUAUGAAGCAUGUCAUCUCAAUGUUUGGAUUACAGAUUCAAGAAAUUACUCCGUAAUUGUAGUGUUUGCUGGCGAAGUUUGGACUAUAGGUUCUGAACUAUAGUUUCUGAACUAUUUAAGUUACAUAAAAGGGAAUCUCCACUACUUUGCUUUCUUGCAGCGUAUCAGAUAAGAAGAUUUAUAUCACUCUCAUGACCAUAAGUCCUCGAACUCAUUUAAUGUUUGUAAAUUUGAGGAGGUAAAUAGGGGCCUUGUAAGUUUAGAAUAGUCUAGAAUAGAAAUUAAAUUAUUAUUUUAACAGUGUUAAAUCGUCCAUCUGCACCCUGCAGAUGCUUAUUGUUUCUCAUGUAAACGGCGUUGAGGAAGUACAACAUUAUUUAACCUUGAUGUUUAAGAACGUGUGGGAAUACUGGUGUCUGUACAGUGUAUAUGAAACUUCAGCCAGCUGCUUGGUUUUCAUCAACAUGUAAAACUACAUAUUUUAAUUAUUUAUUAUUAACCGUUCUGCUGUCAAACAAAUCCAGCAUUUCCAUGUGUGCUAAAGGUAUUUUCUCAGAAAAUAAAAAGGCCCAAACUUUAAGAAGCAACCAAUUUGAAGGCUCCUAUAAACUUGGUAGAGGUUAAACUAGCCAUUAUGUUAUUACACUCUGCAACAGUAAAGCAAAUCAACAUAAAAGAGGACUGCAGCAGUUUUGAUUUGCAUUUCAGAAAGGGACUUUCAGAAGGGUCAUGUAUCAAUGCUGCAGAUGAGACAUGUUUACAGUUUUUACAGGCUCAGUAGUCCCUCAUGACUGCAAAAAAACGGUGGAGUGCCCCUUUAUUUCGAAUAAAUAAAUACACAGAAUAUAUCCAUUUGUGUGUUUGAUCACACAUACCUCAAAACAACCCACAACUCAACAGUGCCUGAUCGACGUUCUGUCAUUGUGUCUACAUGUACAGACUCACUGUCCUGCUCAUCUUGUGAUGCAGUAAUUUAUAUAUUUGUAUUCCUCCAUUUUAUAUAUGUGUAAAUCUGACCGUGAAUAUCAUAUAUGCUAUCGUUAUCAUGCAAUGCUUUAGAGAUUUCAUAGAUUAAGCCUUACCUUUUCCCCUCAUGCCUCUGUGUUUUGUGUCCCAUACCGAAGUGCUACAACACACUGCCUUUAAUGAUGGUGCUUAGGAUGAAGAGGGGUGGAUGAGGAGUGGCCAGAGAAGGGGCAGUGCUAUAUUAGUGUUUACUUGUCCACCAGACUAUUGUCCAUGGCGCUCUUUACAUCCCAUCCCAUUUAGAUAUCUCAGGCGUUUUACCUACAUGUUUGUUGGAGAAGGGAUUUCUAUUAACUGUUUGCAUUUUAUUGGAUGUUAUGUACAAAAUAGGUGUUGCUCAAAAGGAAAAAAGCAAUGCAAAUAUCGAUUGUGUGAUAGAACAAAAAGUGGAUUUUAUUGAGUAAAGUAUUCAUUGCACAAGGUUUAACCAGAUAAAAAGAAGGGAAUUGAUUAACUGUUUUUAAAGUUGUUAGCUUUGCAGUAUUAUUUUGAUGGCUGCAUCCUUUGUUUCAUGCCUGCUUGUACAAGUUAGUUAACCUAGCUGCAUACAUUAAGUAUUUAAGGGAUGUCCUUUCUCUGGUCAAGUUUUAUUGCUUUAAAAAUGUAAAUGUGGUUGUGGACAGUUUUUUUAACAUUUAAACAGAAACUACUAUUUUGACUCGGUCCUACAAUUUCUACAGUAUUUGGAAAAUGAAAAUGUGUCCAAUGUCAAUUCCUCAAUAAAAGGCAAUUUGUAAGGUC